GGCAGAGCAGGGAUCCACUGUGAGACUGACACGCCCCUGGGGGAGGAUGGGGCGCAUGCUCCUGCCCUGGAAGGGGCUUGGCCCGCUGGGGUGGGAGGGGGGCGUUGUAUCUGUUUGAAAGAAGCUGCAGGUUCGAAGCCGCUCGGCCGGGAGCAAUUAUUCCAAAUGGAUACAAAGUGGUAGCAGCUCGUUUCCAGGCGCUACAUUGUAACCGCAGCUCGGGGAUGAGACUGCGGCCUCCUGGCUACAGCUCGUAACCUGAGAGAAACCCAGCGGUACUGCCUUCACCUCAGGCCUCGGAGUACACAGGAAUUGCAGACAUGCACAGACCAAGCUCUCCUGUCGAUGUCACCAACAACAGGUUGCAAAGUGCCAGGGCACCGCUCGCUCCUGGCGGAGCGACGGAUUUACCGCCGCUGGUGACUGACUCCCGGGUGCUAUCCCGGCAGCCGGCACCACCGUCUCUUCCCGACAUUGAACCCCCAUGCGCCGGUGUGGAGUGCCCUGAGGAGACCGGAGAAGCAGCCGUUACCGGGAUUCAGAAGGAGGGUAACAGUGUGAACGCCUGCCAUUCUGAGCAGCAGAUGGUUCUCCCAGAUGCCAGCCAUACCCAGCAGCAGGACUCACCAGGAACACUGGGAUCAGGGGAGGGCCAGCCUGAUCCAACGUUGCCGAGUCACCACGGUGAGGUGGUCCAGAGCUGCUACCAGGCUGUGCAACCUCACUGGUUCCACUGCAGGAUGGAGGGCACCAAUCCCGUCUGGACCCCCUUCAGUAAAACAGACUCUCACGCACUGGAGACCAAGUACUGCUGUGCCAAAAGGCAGGCGCGGGCAGUGGACUCGGAGGACGUGGCUGUCCCAACAGACGGAGGGCGUUACGAUGUCUUUCUGGCCAGUCGCACGAGGCACGCUGUUUACUGGCAGGAGGUGCCCAGCCAAGUCAGGCGGUGUACCUGGUUUUUCAAAAGUGAGAAAGACAGCAGGUACCACCCAUAUACGGAGGAGCUCAGUGAGCUGAUCGAGAGAACCUACAAGGAAGCAGUGAUGUCAAACGAGUGGAACAAGAAAUUACAAUUUCCCACCGGAGAGGUCAUCAAAUUACACAAUCCCAAGCUGAUGAUGCAUUUCCCGGAUUGGAACUCGGCAGCUUCGGAGCAGAGUAAGCCAUGGACUAUGAAGAGAGGGGUGGAACAGACCUGUGGCGACAUCUUCCUCGGCGAGCCUGUCAAAGUGGAUCAUUUAGUGUUCAUGGUGCAUGGGAUCGGACCUGCAUGCGACAUCCGCUUCCGCAGUAUCAUUCAGUGUGUCAACGACUUCCGCAACACCUCCCUCAGCCUGCUUCAGACUCACUUCAAGAAAGCUGUGGACGAGCAGAAGAUUGGCCGGGUGGAGUUUCUGCCAGUGAACUGGUACUGCAUGCUGCAUGGAGAUGCCACUGGAGUCGACGAAGACAUCCGGAAAAUAACGCUGCCCAGCAUCAGUCGCCUGCGCCAUUUCACCAACCAGACCCUACUCGACCUGUUCUUCUACAACAGUCCCACCUACUGCCAGACCAUCGUGGACACUGUGGCCAAUGAGAUGAAUCAGCUGCUGAGUGUCUUCCAGCAACGUAACCCGGACUUUCACGGUGGGAUCUCCGUGGCCGGCCACAGUCUGGGAUCCUUGAUCCUCUUCGACAUUCUCACAAACCAGGCGACCUCCAACCAGAAGGAGCACAGCACGAGUGAGCCAACGGCGAGAAGGGACUGUUGCUCGUGCAGCAAGGAGACGAGUUUGGAGCAAGCUCUGAAGGUGCACGGACUCUCGGAAUUCCUGAGCGUUUUGGAAAAGGAGAAGUUGGACCUGGAGUCGCUGGUCAUGUGCUCGGAUGCUGAGCUGAAGGAAUUGGGGAUCCCGCUGGGACCCAGGAAGAAGAUGUUGAGCCUGGGAAGGGAGCUGGCUGGAGUGCAGCAGGAGCAGAUGGGCGAGCCGGCAGUGAGGCCUGUUCCUGAGAAAACUAGCCAAGCCAGAGAGCGGGUAGGCGGUGGCGAGGAUUCCCAGCGUCCGCUCUCCACCAGCAGCGUCACCUCGGUCAGCUACGAGCAGUUCGAUGUCGGCAUUGGUCAGGUUUCGGUGAAUUACCCCCGGAUCGGAUUUGAGCCAGCCAUCUUUUUCGCCUUUGGCUCGCCAAUUGGAAUGUUUCUGACUGUCCGAGGCCUGAAGAGGAUUGACCCUAACUACACCUUCCCAACAUGCAAGAGGUUCUUCAACAUUUAUCAUCCUUUUGACCCCGUGGCCUACAGGAUUGAACCCAUGAUUGUGCCAGAUCUAGAAUUGGAACCGAUGCUCAUCCCUCACCACAAGGGCAGGAAGAGAAUGCACCUGGAACUGAAGGACAGCCUGACACGGAUGGGCACUGACAUAAAGAACGGUCUGUUUUGCUCGCUGAGGAAUGCCUGGCAAUCGUUUACCCGCAUCCAGUCCCCGAUGCCACAGCUGCUGCCGGAUACCGCUGCAAUACAAGCCAACCAAUCAGCGGCCAAGGAUAGUGAAGGCGAGGAGACAGACGGCAGCUGCCCCUUGCAGGAGGAGAUGGAGCAGGUAAAGAUCGGAAUGCUAAAUGGAGGCCAUCGGAUUGACUACGUGCUGCAGGAGAAGCCCAUUGAGAGUUUCAACGAGUACCUGUUUGCCCUGCAGAGUCACCUCUGCUACUGGGAGUCUGAAGACACCGCACUGUUAAUUCUGAAGGAAGUCUACCAAACGUUGGGGGUCACCUUGGAACAAGUGCAGCACUGAUGGGUUUGGAGCAGCGAGCCACCACCAACUAUCAGAUUGACACGAACUGGACCCAAGGCAGGAGUGGGCACCUUGGAGCUGGUUUUGGAGCAAUUCUCAUGGCUACCCUGGGGUGACCUUGCUUCCUCUGGUGGAGGAGCACUGAACUGGUGUAGACUCUGUCUGUGUGUGUUCUCCACAGGCUUUGAGGCCAGGUCUGAUGGCCAACCUGUGGGAGCUGACCUUUUUAAUCUAUCUGGGUAGCUCAGCAAACGGCAAGUUUGUUCCCAAUCGGACCUCUCGACGGGGGAGCGAGGGGAUUGACUCACCUACAAACUCUCAACUAUACAGUCACUGGGUUGAUCCUGGAUGCUGCUGAGGGGCUGUGUGCCCAGUGUGGACAACUGUGGCUCUUGAAGGACCAAUCUGCACAGACUUAUUUAUUUUCUACACCUUUCAUUCACAUUAAAAUGGCACUUUGAAGAUGAGCAUGUUUGAGGAGGAUCAUUGGAAGUCGUCUUGUUUGAUGAAUGAGUUUCCUAUUGAAGCUUUGGUAAAUGUAACUCCGAGUAAAGCUACAUACUAACGAGGUUUCCCAGUUGGACCUGCUAUUGGUCUGCGCUCUCUUCCCUGCUCCACACUCACUCCACAGAGAAAUGCAGCACUCACUGCGUCUGUGUUGGGGUGGUGGUGGUGGUGGUGGUGGGGGGGGGGGGGGCGGGGAGGGGAGGUUGGUGGUGGGUGUAAGGGAUUGUUAGGAGAACCAAGUGCAAUGUCACCUUUGUAACAGCAAUAAACAGCUCACUUUUUCUCAGUCUUGCACCGGCUUUGUGGAAUCUCUGAGCAGUGUUAUGUUGGACGUGGAAAUCGCAGACUCUGGUCUAGCCCUUGCAAUUUGUACGAUCCCUCAACCAAUAAACUUAAGGAAAUCUU